UUUAUUGAAGUGCAUUCUGGGAGAAAAUGAUUGACAUCGCGGCCAUUUUGGCUCUGGCCACCCCGCUCCCAUUGUGUGUGAGAUAGUAAAUACUGACACUGCUAGACAAGCCGAGCACAUAUUUCACCGCGCGAAUUAAAACACGUUCACCUGAGGUGAUAUUGACUAACAAUGGCCCGUACUAAGCAGACUGCUCGUAAGUCCACUGGAGGAAAAGCUCCUCGUAAGCAGCUGGCUACCAAAGCUGCCCGCAAGAGCGCUCCAUCGACUGGAGGAGUCAAGAAACCUCACCGCUACAGGCCUGGUACAGUGGCUUUGCGUGAGAUUCGUCGGUAUCAGAAGUCCACUGAGCUGCUGAUCCGUAAGCUGCCAUUCCAGCGUCUGGUUCGAGAGAUUGCCCAGGACUUCAAAACUGAUCUGCGUUUCCAGAGCGCCGCCAUUGGAGCACUGCAGGAAGCCAGUGAGGCAUACCUGGUCGGUCUGUUUGAAGACACUAACCUGUGUGCCAUCCAUGCCAAGCGUGUCACCAUCAUGCCCAAAGACAUCCAGCUGGCACGCCGCAUCCGCGGAGAGCGUGCUUAAACUCACCCCUUCUUUCUAUUGCCCUCUUUAUUUCUUUCUGUCUCUCCACUUGUUCUCCUCCUUUUCUUGGUAGAGUUUAGAGUAUCAGUGAUGGGGAGUAACUGUGUCUCAGUCUGGUAGUGCUGUCUAAAUGACGCGUAGGGUACCUAUAUGUGCAUGUAACAGGUGCUGUUGAUCUCACACACACACACACACACACACACACACACACACACACACACACACACACACACACACACACACACACACACACACAUUCAUUCAUUCAUUCACACACACACCCACACAUUCACACACACAUUCACAUUUGGAGCGUAAACGAGGUCCAGCCCGCCCGCUUUAGGGACACACUUUCAACAGGCAUGUAAAGAGAAGAAGUCUCACCCUGCACUAACACUUACUCUGCUGUCCAGAGAAAAAAAAAGGGUGGUGUCUGGGGUCAGUCUGCUUAAGGGGAGCGGAAACUUCCACAGCAGGGUGCUACUAAAACUGCCUCAGUUCACCUUAUUGAAAAACCUGUCCUCGCCAGUCCCCCAACUCACAUAUGUUUUUAAUCUUAAUUCGUUUACCCUCCCCUUCCUGCCCCCACCGAUCCAUCCAGUUCUUACAUGUCCUGCUUGAAUCCUUACUUGGCCCUUCAUAGUGGAGGUGAGUGUGGGGUCAGACUUCUCCUCUGUGUGAGUGCCUGUGGGUGAUGAGAUCAGCAAAGCAGAAUCGUAUUCAACUGCAAACCAGCAUCUAUUGGUUAAAAAGUUGUUACUUGUAAUAUUGAUGAUUGCUAUUAUUGUCGAUAUGGUGUCUUUUUUUUUUUUUUUUUUUACAAUGCAUAAAUGAAAUUUUCUUUAGAAAAAAAAUAAUAAUCCGCAGAGAAUCAGUAUGAAUUCGUGUUAAUUGUCCUUUUUCAUAUUGUAGUGAAAGCCGAUCCUGCUCCUCCUGUUAUAACUUCAGGCAGCCACAGGGGGGCGCUCUAAACCAGCCUCUCAUUCAACGUCACUGUUCGACUAACAUCCCGCUCUCCCUUCCUUUGUCUUUCUCUCGUUUUCCACUCUUCCAAUUCCAGUUUUGUCACAUUAAAGAUCGGCAUUAGAGUCACAGAGUGUAGCAAAAAAUAUUAUUUACGUUUAGUACUCUAGUACUGAGUCUGUCACUUUUUUUGGGUAGAACUUUGCUCCUUCCCUCUAUUUGUGAUACACAAUGUAACCUCAUGUUUGUGCUUCUUUUAUUUUUCUUAUUUGGAAAUUUAAAUCAGCUGAUCUUUGUAUUUUCAAAAUUUCUCAUAUUCUGGUGGUAAUAAAUAGAUGUUACACAAA